AUGGCUUUCAACCAGAAUGCACAGGUGGAAGAGGGGCCUCCCUUGGAAGAGAUACCAGCCGAGGAAAGAUUUCUAGCUGUCAACAAAGAUAAUAAGAUCCGGUUAUUGAAGAACAAGUGGCCCUCGAAUGCAGAACCCUCGCCAACAGCCUCCCUGCUCAGUAUCGCUUCCCGACGAGGCCUUGUCGCCGCCGCAGGACCUGACGCGCUUGUCAUAGCAAAGGCUGAAACCCUACGUGAGCUGCUCAACAAGUCACAAGAAGCCAGCGCCAUAAUCGAGUAUGACUCCCCGCUAUCUAUAUCCCUUCCCAUGCGGAUAUCGCACGUAUAUUUCACAUCCGAUGAGAAGUACCUCGCAAUCACGGCAGAGACCGGCGGAGGGCUUGCUGUUUACGAGGUAGACUCAUUACUCCAAGGAAACAAGGAACCCUCGUUUCAAAUCGCCACGAAUGGGACCUCAGUAAGAGCAGUGGCGCCAAAUCCAGAGAUCGGACAGUACCUGCUACUGGUCCUCAGCAAUGGCUCCCUGGUACUUGCAGAUCUUGAAAGCAAAAGCCUACAGAAUGGCAAGAAUGGCGCAGUACUCUGUGAGAAUGUCAGUUGUGCGUCUUGGAGCGUCAAAGGAAAACAGUUGAUUGCUGGGCUCGGAGAUGGCUCAGUCUCCCAAAUCAAACCCGAUGGCGACCUUGUGGCGACGAUACCAAAACCACCAUCAUUGACAGGAAGUGUACAUGUCUCCGGCAUAAACUGGCUGGCUAACGACGAAUUCUUGUUCAUUCAUACAGAUUCAUCGGGCGCUAAUGGCGAACAAAUUUUCCACUUCGUUCGUCGUGAAAAAGGCACUUCGAACUUCUUGUUCCAGAAGCUGGCGGCAGAUAUAGUUAUGCCAGGUUUUGACAGGACUGAAGUCGCUCCUAGUCCGUUCAUACUUCGUCUACGCGACUUUGAACCCAAUUUGUCAAGCCUGCUCCUUGUCACAACGAACAGAACUACGGAAAUCACUAUGCUUGCAAACGCUACGUCUCCUCUAAUACCAAGCCAACCGAUCGUCAAUACAUAUACCGCGAUCAACCCACCAAAUGAAGGCCGCAAAGCAGCUCUUCCAUUUGGAGAUGAUGCAGACACUUUUCCUGUUGGAAUGGCCCUGGAUCUCUCUGCAACUGAGAAGGUUCGCAGACCGCUGCCUUCAGAGCUUGAAUAUGAAGAAUCUCUCACUCCUCUUCCGGCUGUUACUGCUCUGAACAACGAGGGGAUGUUGAUGAUGUGGUGGAUUGUCAAUGAUGAGUCGAUCAAAAGGGGCACCGGGUAUCGGGGGCUUACUGCACUCGCAGGAGGUCAGUCUGCUACAACUCAAACAGCACAGCCAGUUCAGCCUGCGCAAUCAACUCCAGCUCCGUCAUCUGCAUUUGGAAAGCCCAGCACCCCUGCUUUUGGGGCUCCAGCUUUUGGAGCUCCUGCAUUCGGAGCUGCAACGUUCGGCACACCUAGUCAAAUAAGUGCGUUUGGUGGACCUGCACUCAGUAAACCCUCACCAUGGGCUCAACCAGCUGCAACCACAUCAAGCGCAGCUGGGGCCGCUUUCGGUAAGCCUGGUUUCGGCCAGCCAGCCUUUGGAUCAGCUGCGAAGAUCGGUGCAGGUACUCCUGGUGCAGCUACCUUUGGAAGUGCUGGUGGUACUACUGGUAGUUCGCCUUGGGGCGCGCAGCAGAAUCAGAACAAACCUGCUUUCGGCACCCCUUCAACUCCAAGUGGUAGCGGGUUUUCGAGUUUCGCUGGCAGUGGCGGUUUUGCGACUGUGGGUCAGAGUGGCCAAUCUGCAUUUGCUUCUGGAACCUCCCCAUUCUCUGCAUUUUCUCAAAAGGGGACAUCGUUCGGAACACCAAGCUCAAGCUUUGGUGUUAAGACUGAGCAGAGCUUUGGAUCAACUGUGACUCUAGACUCAAGCAAAGGAGGUUCAAACGCGGGAAAUGGCGGAUUUUCACCAUUUGUUAAUGUAUCCAACUCGAACACACCGGCUAAUCAACAGUCUGCCUUUGGAAGCACUCCUCAAUCAUCAUUUGCCUCGAUGUCACAGGAGUCUGACAUGGGCGAUGCUGACGAUAUAGCAAGUAGAGGAAGGUCAGAAGCUACUCCAACACCCCAAUUGCCGCCUCCGAAAGAGCCACCCCAGAAAGAACCGCCGAAGCCUACUUCUGGGCUUUUCGGCGGUGGUUCUACCUUCAAACUCGGUUCCACAUUCGCUGGAGACGGCUCAGCCAAAGACGAUCUUCCAAAGCCGCCUGGUGGAACAUCCUCCUUCUUUGGGUCCAACUUUGGGAAGUCCUUGGACAGCGAUAGUAAUCAGACUCCUGUCACACCAGUUAAAAAGGAACCGGUAGAUGAGAAGUUGAAUCUUAAGGAUGUUUCAGAGACACCUGCCGCCGAGCCACCACAACAAAAGCCAGGUCUCUUUUCAUUUACUUCUACACAGAAAGCUCAGGAUAAUCAGUCUGCCACUCCGCAGGCCGCCAAACCAGAAGCUGCGCCCUUACCCCCAGACUUCACCAAGUCAUCAGCGACCAAGGCGCCAGCGUUCGAUGAUGUACCCUUACCACCAGACUUUACAAAAUCAUCCACGCCGAAAGCGCCUGUACCAGAAUCUGCGCCUCUACCUCCAGACUUCACUCAGCCCAACAGCAAGAAGUCAACUGAAGACGAUUUACCUCCUCUAGCUGGUAGCCCACCUAUCACAGUAGAGCCCCCAAGCAGCGAUCUAGGGUCCGUGUCCGUGCCUGAGGAGGAGAACGAUGACAGCUUCGAGGUUGAAGAGCAUGAUGGAAGCGACGAACAGGACGAAGCCAGCGAGCUAGAAGGGGUCGGUCAAAGAUCACCAGCUCGUCGAGCUUCUCGACCACAACCGCCUGGUAGCAAUUGGUCGUUCCAAUCAUCGACACAGUCCCACCAGCCACCACCCCCUGCUCCAAGCCCUCCUGUUCAGUCCCGUAGUCCAUCCCGCUCACCUCUCCGCAACCAAGUCUAUCCUACCACAACCCCACUGGGACUUCCAAAAGGCCCCGUAUUUGCGCCUCCAGCUUCUCGCACACUAGAGUCACCACGCUCCCCAAGCCCCAUACGGUCGGCGUCUACCCCAGUAUUUAUCAAACGAGAAUCCGUCCCACCAGCAAAGGCACCGCCCCGCCCAAUCUCACGUGCGAAGGCCCCAACACCACCUGACCCCGAACCUGUAGUUGAGGAUCUGAGUGACGCCGAGGAUGCGAGAAUUCGCGAGGAGCUUGAAGCACCCAUAGAGCCCACGACGACCUUGGAUCCCUUCAUUGUGCGAUUGGGUUCGGAGCUCAAUUCUAAGCCUGGCAUUCCUGGUCAAAUCGAGCGCGUCUACAGAGAUAUUAAUGCGAUGGUUGAUACGCUUGGCGUCAACGCCCGCACUCUCGCAUGCUUCAUUGCUGGGCACACUGCAGAUUCAGAUCGCCAGCGAACUCGUGACGACCUCGAUAGUAUAACAUAUGAAGAUACCGUGGACGACUGGACGCUGGUCGAAUGCCUCGAACUCGCUGACCUCGAAGAUGAGUUGGACGAAACUCUCGAAAACGGCCGUGUUAGAAACGUGCAGGGCAAACUCGCGGAGUUGGCCAACCUACAUCGCGGUCUUAAUCGUCUUCGCGCCCGCGCAAAAGCGCUCGACCGCAGUUUACGCAUAAACGCGACCGAUUCAGUGGCUGCGACCAAUGCUCCGCUAUCCACAGAACAAAGCUUCCAACUGCGCACGCUACGAAAUGCCGUCUCCGAUCUCCAGACCUUGCUCCGCGAGACAGAAGGCGCGGCCGUGCUCCUGCGCGCUCGACUAGCAGCCGCAAAAGGCGCAAACAGCGCAAACGGCAACGGGAAACCAACCCAGACGCCCACCGUCGAAGCAGUCACCAACACAAUCGCAAAAAUGACGGCCAUGAUCGAGAAGAAGAGCGGCGACGUCGAUGUCCUGGAAACCCAGAUGCGCAAACUGCGCAUGACGGCUCCGGAAUCCCUGAGCGCAUCCUCGAGAUCGCUCGAGCGCUCAAAGUCGCGCGAGGGCACGUAUGCCCUGUCUUUUUCGGACUCUGACGACGACGACGACGACGACGAACCAUCCGCGCCAAACAACCGCGACACGCCCUCGAAACGCAUGCCCGGCGCCUUUGCCACGCCCCAGAGCCACAGCCACAGUCACCACCGUAGCAGCACCCGCGUCGCGCCGCCUAGCUCCGGCCGCAGCGUCGCCUCUGUCUGGCACACACCAGGCAGCUCGUUUGAGCAGAGUCCGUCCUCGUCGUCGUUGUCGCUGCUGCGUGGCGGUGGCACAAGUAAUAGCACUACUACUACUAAUGGCCGGGGCUUGGCCGGCAUCAGCGAUGAGGAGGUCGUGGUUAGAGCAGAGAGGGUGCAGAGGAGGAAGGGCUUGGCGCAGAGCUUUGCACAGGCUAUUAUGCGGAGGGGCGUUCGUGUUAGGGAGGUUGGGGCUCCUUGA